CACCCAGCCAGCCUGCCUGGGAAGUGAUUCAAGAGAACAGGCCUGAUCCAGCCCAGCACUGCCUGCCGCCCACGCCUCUCACCCAGGGAGGGGGCUGGCUCCCAGCUAACUUCUUACUGCUGCUUUCACUUCUUCCAGACAAGGUGCUGCCUAGAGGGAUUGGGAACACACCGUGCUGAGGGUCCCGGAUUUGGGCAGUUUCCCCUUCCUCCCUGGAGUGAGCAGAAGGCAUGCUGUAUAGGUAGGGGGCUGACCCAGCUGCUCAGACAAGCCUUGUAUUUACUGAGAUAUGUAAAGUGAGCUGUGAAACUUUCCAAAGCUACGUGGAACUGUGUGCUCUAACUACAUUCAACUCCAAGUGAGGAUCCAGAAGGGGGAGCAAGCUAAGCCUUACUUUUACUAGCCCUCUGGCACCGACUGGGAAUCAGAACAGAUCCCCCACUUUUACUUGUUGCUUUUUAAACCAUAUUCUGAGGAAAGUUGAGAGGUUCCAUGAUGUGUUCUUCCACACAUCUCACUGGACGUAUGUGACAUGUUAAAAUUGGGCUGGUUCAAUAUUUCUUCACUGUUGACUGUUAUCAUAAGACACAUGUGACAGUAUGGGAGAGCUACGGAUAGGACUCUUGGUGGAUUACAGUAGAAGCUACAGUGCUGUGUAGUGAAGGUGAACACACACAGCGUAGCCCUGUUUGGAAAAUGAAGACUGCAAUACACUGGUCUCAGAAGGAGGUGCAGACCUGGCUAUUGGAUAAAGGGCUGCAAGAAUACUGUGAGGCCUUUCAUUCAGUCAAUGGACAAGCAUUGCUCAGGUUGACAGAAGAUGACUUUAAGAAGACACCCUUGUCCCGUGUAUCUUCAGACAAUGGCCAGCAGUUGCUGGAGAUGAUUGAAACCUUAAAAAUAGAAAAUCAUAUAGAGGAACACAAGAAUGGGCACGCAAAUGGACAUCUGGUCCCUGAAACAAAGAUCUCUCUAGCGGACCAUGGUUUCACAAGCAAAGCCAAGAAGAAUGGGAUGCCAAAUGGAUUUACUAAAGAGAUGAUAAGAAUUCCCAUGCCGGAACCGGAGCGUUCCCAGAGUUUUCCUGAUGAGUGGUGUAAAACCUUUUUGGCCUUCUUCUAUGCACUUUGUUGUUUUAUCUUUACCACCGUAAUGAUCUCAAUCGUCCAUGAACGUGUGCCUUCCAAGGCAGAGGAAGCUCCACUACCAGAUGUCUUUUUUGAUCAUUUUCACAGAGUACAGUGGGCUUUUUCUAUUUGUGAGAUUAAUGGAAUGAUUCUUGUAGGACUAUGGCUGAUCCAAUGGAUAUUCCUAAAACACAAGUCUAUUAUUAGCCGAAGGUUUUUUUGUAUAGUUGGUACCCUGUACCUAUAUCGAUGUAUAACUAUGUACGUUACAACACUGCCAGUUCCUGGAAUGCAUUUCAAUUGUUCUCCUAAGCUAUCUGGCAAUUGGGAAGCACAGUCGUCAAGAAUAUUAAAGAUGAUUGCAGGAGGUGGACUUUCUAUAACAGGAUCCCACACCAUGUGUGGAGACUAUCUGUACAGUGGACACACAGUCAUGUUAACACUGACAUAUAUGUUUAUAAAAGAGUAUUCUACUCGGCGUUUCUGGUGGUAUCACUGGAUUUGCUGGUCCCUUAGCGUUGUUGGUAUUUUUUGUAUUCUUCUGGCCCAUGACCACUACACUGUGGAUGUUGUGGUAGCUUAUUACAUCACCUCCAGAACGUUCUGGUCAUACCACACUAUGGCCAAUCAUCAAGUGCUAAAAGAGGCUUCCCCAGCAAAUCUCCUAUCAAGAGUAUGGUGGUUUAAAGCUUUCCAGUACUUUGAGAAAAAUGUUAAUGGAGCUGUACCCCGUACUUAUCAGUUGCCCAUCUCGUGGACCAUUCCGUGGGCCAGGUUACCAUUUAGUCGACAAGUGAAGUACAGCAGAUUAGUGAAUGAGACAUAACUACUGCAAAACACAAAAUUAGGGGGGCUAUAAGUGACCUAAAGUGCUGCGAAGAUGCCAUAAAUGCAAACGCCUACCAUCUUAUUUUCUUUCAGUUAAUACUUACCUUGACCUAUCCAUUUACCUGGUCAGCACUGUGAUAUUUUUCUCUCCAAAGGACCCAUGUGCGAUCUACAUGAAUCGAAAAUUUUACUUAUCAUGCACUGUUCAAAAUGAAUUAAAAAAUCGUUGGAACUACAAUUUACCCAUAGCCAUGAUCCUUUGUAUAUGAACCAACAACAUAAGCCGUGAACUUUUAUACCCUAUGUUUCUGUCUUUUCCAGUUAUGUCUGGGAAUAAAACAUUAUUUUCUUGGG